AGUACAAAAAACACACUUUUCCCUCCUUACACCCUCUUCUUCUUCUUCUUCUCUCUCUGUGUCUUCCUUCGUAAGAAAAACAACAACAAACCCAGACUCCCUCUCUCUCUCUCUCUAACAGCUCGGUGGUCCGUACAGUCUUCUCCAAUGGCGGCGUCUGAGUUUUUUCUCAUGUCCGUACUCUUAGCCCUAACAUUCACCGCAAUCGAAGCAGAGCUGCCGCUCCCAAACGACGGCGUUUCGUCGGAUUCCGGCGUCUCUGGUGAACUCGAGCUUCUCGACUCCAAAUUCGCUUCCCUAGCAUUGAUGCAAAAGAUGGUUCAAGAGAAAUUGGAAAUCGUUGCGUCGUUACAGAGCGAGAUAGAGUUGCUUCAGGAAUCUUUGGACGGCAAGGAGGGCGUGAGUAAGUCAGAUAGGCAAGCUGGUGAACUUGAGAAGCAAGUUGAGAGAUUAAGGAAGGACAUAGAGAUGCAAAAUAAGAAAAAAGAUGGAUUAGGAGCCCGGGCGAGCAUAGCAGAGAACAAAAUCCAGAAACUGAAUUCAAAACUACAAAAACUUCAUAAUGUUAAUUAUGAACAAGAGAACAGAAUUCGCAAAACUGAGCAUCUUCUUCAAGUGGCAGAGGAAGAACUAAUGAUGGCAGAAGUGGAAACUGAUUUAAUAUCUGAAGGGUUGAACAAGGCCCAUAUAGAGUGGCUUCCAGAUUGGCUUUCGGUUCAUUUAGACCAUAUUCAGUUGUACAUGGUGUCUUCCUGGAACGAGUCUUGGGGACCAGCCAUGGAUCUGUCACUUCAAAAGGCAUUAGAAAAGAAAGCUCAAUUUAUGGAUUGGGUUAAGCUACAAACUGAGAUGAUUACAGUGGACUGGAUACCAAUAUUGAAGGAACAAUGGUCGGCAUUUCUAACCUUUCUUAAACCGCUUGUUCAAUCAUUGACAAGAAAAAUUGCUCAUCUGUACCAUGAAUCCAAGAGUUCAAUAGCACCAUACGCUUUCAAAGUGCUAAAAGACCUAUGUUCCUACGCCCAGGACUGGAUCCCGAUUUUGAAGGAACAGUGGUCCACAUUUAUGUCUUCUCUUCAACCGCGUCUCCAGAUACUAGCCCCAACUAUUGUUGAUGUGUACCAUGCAUCAAAAAGCUUUAUGGCACAUGUGUUCAAGGUUCUAGAAAACCUAUUUUCUUACACUCAAGAAGCUAAGAAGUUUGUCGAGGCGUACAUGCCUCGAAUUGCAGUAGUAACAAGAUCUUGUUUCGAUAAAGCGUUCUUCGUCUUGAAGUGGUAUAUCGUAAACCUAUUCCGCGCAUGUUGGAAGUUCAUAACAGUUUCAACUUUGUUCCAUCAUCAGGUCCAAGGAAUGCUAAAAAAUAUUGCGGUCGUACGGCCAGUGGCAAACAUGGGGAUUGUUUGGUUUGUGGUAUGUGCUUCUGAGCCACUGCUUUUUUGGGCUUGCCUGCUCUUUUUCUGUUUACAUUGUGCUCAGCUGUUUUCAGGAGGACGAAGAAGCAUAUUCGGAGUUCGAAUACAAACCACACGCGUCGUAGGUCCAAACAGGCUCAUCCUGAUAAGUGAGAUUUUAGACAGAAAAUCUCAACCAGCCCAAGGAAAAAAAUUUUGCUCGAAACCUGAGAGGAAAGGUUUUGUUUAGAAAGCUGGGUGGCAGAAGUAAACAGGACUUUCUACAUGAAGCAAAUUUUAGGUGUAUGCUGGCAUUAUCAAUUGACUAGGAAAUGAAUAAAAGAUUUGGGCAAGACAACCGGGAAGAUAUAUAUAUAUAUAUAUAUAUAUAUAUUUCUUUAUCCUGUGGCUGCUUCAUUAUCCAUCCAAGCUUCUCAUGAUUUCUGUUACAUAUUUGUGCAUUGAUUCCCUAUCUUCGAGGAAUCCUGUCUUGUAUCUCAUUAUGAUUAAGCAGGGAAAGUACAA